AUGCAACCAGAGUUCUGCAUCACCCGCCCAAAUGGAGUUGUUACUGCACUUAUCGCCGUGGACGAAUUGCCUCCCUUCGUAACUAUUCGUGGCGUUCCUCGGUGUUUGAGCCAAAUCGACGACGCUCAUGGAAUGAUCAACGUGGGGACUGUGGGCUCUCGUGGUCAAUUUUAUACCGUUGACGUUGCUGUCGAAUCUAGAACUCAUCAUAUUAAUGGGACCCCGAAUGGGGAACCGGCUAUGACAGCUCAAUCCUCUCUUACUAUCGAGGGACAUGGAGUCUUUCGUCAAUCAGGUGGUGUUGAUGCAGCGUUUAUGAGCCCCAAUUCUGAGGGGCGCAACAUCAUGGCCUGGAGGAACGAGGUUAGCGAUAAUGCUGUUACCAACACUAGCCGCGAAGUAGCGAAGUUGGAUGAAACCCCAUCACAGCGCAGAGAAUCUGGAACCCAGAAUGCGAAAAACCCAAAAACUCCUGCCAAAAAGGAGUUCUGCUCUUUCUGGAUUCGUCGGGGGGAGUGUGACUAUUCGCAGCAGGGAUGUCUUUUCAAACACGAAAUGCCUAGAGAUCUCGAGACCCUAGGGCGCCUGGGGCUUCGCGAUAUUCCCCGCUGGUAUCGUGAGAAGUAUAAAGUUAAAAGCAUCAGUGGCUCUGAUGGGAUGGAUCCACGCAUGGACGCUAGCCGUGGAUGGAGACCGGUUGGGCCGAUGCCAACAUUUCCAACCCCCAAUUACGGGUUACCUCCUCCAAGAUUCAAUGUAGGGCUAACUGAAGGAGAAGCUGCAAAUUGGGAAUCACGCUACGCUCCUGUUUCUGGCCCAAUUUUUCCUCCGAAUGGAAGCCAACUUGCUUGUGAAAUGGGGGGGAAUAUGCUGCCGAUUUCUAUCCGUUCCUCCUUUCAAGAAGAACACAACAAUAGGGCAGUCUCCAUGGCUAAUGACAAAUCAGCAUGGAGGGGCAUUGGCCUCCUCACCCAAACCGCCCAGAAUGUUUUGGGAGCACAUCCCAUCCCAGCUCUGGACAGCAACAAUAUCACGAAUGCUGCUGGGAAAUCUGCAAGCUAUGAACCUGUCGGAUCCUGUGCAUCCAACAUCACACUUCUGACUGGAGCCCCUUCUAUGAAUUUUACCAAUACUGCAAGCGCAGUGGCAAGCUCGCAUGGCCUUGAUAGAAGCUCUAUUGUUCAUCCGCACAAUCAGACUGAUCUCUCUAGAAGCAGCUCCAUCUGGGCUGUGACAAGUUGCACCAAUGGUGAAAUGACCCCAAGUAUCCUCUCGCCAUUCGAUUCCAUGGCGGUAACUGAGCCAGAGGGGCCAAUGACUCCUGAAAAACUUAUGACUAACAAGUCGAAGCCUCCCCUGUCCAAAAGCCCAUUCUCUACUGACAAUACAUUCCGCAACACGCCAACCACGGCCACCAGCGGCCUUGUGGGAUCCCAUUCCUCUUUCUCAUCCCCAAUCCCCUCACACGGUCGCGCGCAAUCCUUCCGCUCAUCUCGUUCUUCAUGGACAAUUGGACCUACUGGCGGCGGCGCAACACACGUGCCUCUUGAAAACGCUGCUGGCACCUGCACCUCCCAUUUUGGUGACAGCGUCCGUUAUGGUAGCCCCCACCGCUCUCUCAAGCCAAUUGGGUUCAACCAGAACGGAGUAGACUGGCGUCAGCGUCGCCUGAAGCAGAUUGUGGAGAAUGAUCCCUUUGGACUUGGCCUCAAUGACGAUGUGUGCGCCCCUUGUCCCCGUCGCGGCUGA